AGAAGGGAAUAAAGAGAAGGGAAAUAAAGAGCAGGGAAAUAAAGAGCAUGGAAUAAAGAGGGGGUGAGGCAGGAGGAGCAAAGAAAUGAAACUGGGAGGCAGAUGCACUAAGACAUAAGGGUGUCACGGGAUUUAUAGGGACAGGCUGGAGACAGAAGAAGCUCAGGUUCCAUCAGGAACAUUGUGUAGUUGUGUCAGUCCCACUACAAAUCGCACUGAGCGAGUGAAUAAGAAGCGGAGGGGGAAAGUCUCUGACUGGGGAACUAGAGGUUCUUUCUUUCUCUCUCUCUUCUCCUCCCUCCCAGCCCGAGAGUGUGCGGAUGAGGAACCGGCUGUCUGUGAGCGGCGCACUCGGGAGAUGAGGGGAUAACCAGCAGCAGCAGCAGCACAAUGCCGGGAUUCCUCUGGACUACUCUGCUAAUCCUGCAGGCGAGCUCUGUCAUCUACACGGCAGCACAGUUCAGUCCAGCUAAGUCAUAUGAAGAGUGGUGGGCCUACAAGGAAGCUGUGCAAGGGAGCUUUGUGCCAGGUCCCGCAUUCUGGGGUCUGGUUAACUCUGCUUGGAAUCUGUGCACCAUCGGAAAGCGGCAGUCUCCUAUUAACAUUAACACCAGCCAAAUCAUCUUUGACCCCUUCCUACCUCCGCUCAGACUCAGCAUGACUGGAACUACGGUCAGUGGUACAAUGCAUAACACAGGGCGCCAUGUUUCCUUCCGCCUGGAUAAAGAACAGCCAGUAAAUAUUUCCGGAGGUCCCCUUUUAUAUAACCAUCGUCUUGAAGAGGUGAUGCUGCAUUUCGGCAGUGAAAAUUCCAUCGGCUCAGAGCAUCUGAUGAAUAAAGAGGCCUCAGCUGGGGAGGUGCAGCUGAUUCAUUAUAACCAGGAUUUGUACAGUAAUGUCACAGAAGCUUCCCGCAACCCCAAUGGCCUGGCUGUAAUCUCUUUAUUCUUGAAUGUGGCGGACAACUCCAAUUCAUUUCUCAACAGGAUGUUGAACAGAGAAACCAUCACAAGGAUAUCUUUUAGAAAUGAAGCCACUGACAUUCAAGAUCUAUCCAUUGAAGACCUGUAUCCAGAGACCUUUGGAUUUUUGACUUAUCAGGGAUCUAUGACCAUUCCUCCUUGCUAUGAGACUGUUACCUGGAUUAUAAUCGACAGGCCCCUAAACAUCACCUCAAUGCAGAUGCACUCUUUACGUCUACUGAGUCAGAACCAGCCGUCUCAGAUCUUUCAGAGCAUGAGUGACAACUUCCGACCAGUUCAGCCACUUUUCCACCGAGGCCUGAGAGGGAAUCUUGACUUUCGAAAACCAGGCCGGAAAUGCAAAGGAGCCAACUAUAAACUUCACAUUGAUAGGCCUACGUCUUCCAAUGCAAACUAAAACAAAUCCAGCCAUCACCUCUGUCCAACCUACAAAAACCUAAACAAGCUUUGUGGAGUGAAUGGAAACUGAGCGACUGGGUUACUUGAACUGUAAGCUCAUCUUUUCAAUAGGAACUUUUUACAAAUUUUGCAAACGAUUUGGAGAAAAAUAGACAUUCCUUUCACUUUAAAUAAAAAGUGGGGUCAAUAUAUUGUGUAUUAUUCAUAAAGAGCCAACUUUUAAAAUAUUAUAGCCAUGUUGGAAAUUUUAAUCUCCGUUUUAUACAAAGGCUUUUCAUUUCAUCCACCGAAAAAAGCCAAUGAGCAGAGAAGUCAGAACACAGCCCAGAUCCCAUUCAUUGAUGAGUUUGAGGAUGCUGGGAUUUGUACCCCAGAUAACUGACAUCUCUGCCUUUAAAAGCCAGCCUGGACUCUAAAUACAACAGGACACUGCCUUUUCCGUUAAAAGACAAACAGAAUUAAGUCUACAAAGUAAUAAAGGUCUGUUGGAAUUUGUACAGUUUUAUUCUGCUUUGAUCAGUAAUAAUAUAAGUAUGAGAUGCAAAUGUGGUAAUCAAUACUGGCCAUCUCAGUUCACCAAUAACAGCACUCCAUAUUGCUUCAGCCUAUGGCUAUCCGAUCUCAUCCUUUUCCACUCCAUUCCAUUGGCUUUUAUGAUGGUUUAUGGCUUUCAGCAGUAACAUUGGAGCUUUAUCUUGUCUAUGUUGUCACUUAAUAGGACAAUAACUCCUAGUCCUAUCUACUGCUUGCCACAAUUUGAGAGUGAGUUUUGUAACAGUUAUUUCAACCCUCAAUACGGUGUAUUUUAUAUGACUUUUUUCCUCUACUUUUACAUAUUGACUUGGAGUGGGCUCAGCUUAAAGCCAGAUAUGAUGAAAACAGUCAUUUUCACUCCUAGAUAUACCUGAAAACCCAGCAUAAAGGUCAGUUAUAAUAAGAUUUGGGGUGACUAUAUAUCUGCUGCUCUAGAUAAUUUUGGAACUGUGGCUGAAUGGCUGAUACAAUAUCUGUACUCAUUUCAUGAGCUAAGUGGGUCCCUGACUAAAGGUUGGAACUUCAAGGCGGAACUUGAACUGAACUGGUUUACAAGAAUUUAAAAAAACAUACUUUAACAGAUUAACAACAUGACAGCAAAUGUGAUUUGUUGUGACCAGUUACUAGACCAUGGCAAGUCUUGCCUACUUUAUUACAUCCCUCAAAUCAAUUAUGGCUCUGUGCAAAAUCAGUGGUUCGAUGGCUCAGGCCAUUUCAGAGGAGUGACUGGAAUCAUAAUGUUUUGGCAGAUAUAUUUUUGUAUUAUUAU